UUCCCUUCGCGCGCGUGCGCACCGCCGAGCCGUUCCGCCGGCCGGGGGCUGCCCUGACUGGUCCUUGUUCGCUGCCGGAAGGUUCUGGCGCGUGUGGCGCACUCGGCGGCCGUUGUCGCCCUCCUCUUGCCCCCCUUCCGCCCGGAACCGGCUCGCGCUGCCUCUGCGUGGCCCGCGGGGCGGCCUCCCCCCCCCCCGCUCUCUCCCGGUGGAUUAACCCUCUCCUUCCCGGGCUGUGGCGGCGGCAUGGCGGACACGGCGCAGAACGGGCCCAUGCAGGGAGGCGCCGCGGGGGGAGCCGUGCAAUACCUGAUGGCUAAUAAACUGGACACGGCAAUGUGGCUGUCCCGGAUAUUCACAGUUUACUGCUCGGCGUUAUUUGUCCUGCCUCUUCUAGGAUUGCACGAAGCAGCGAGUUUCUAUCAGCGUGCCUUGCUGGCGAACGCCCUCACCAGCGCCCUCCGGCUUCACCAGAGGCUGCCGCACUUCCAGCUGAGCCGGGCCUUUCUGGCCCAGGCGCUCCUGGAGGACAGCUGCCACUAUCUCCUGUAUUCCCUCAUCUUUGUGAAUUCCUACCCAGUCACAAUGAGUAUUUUCCCUGUUCUGCUGUUCUCUUUGCUUCACGCUGCUACCUACACGAAGAAGGUCCUGGAUGCAAGAGGUUCCAAUAGUCUCCUUUUCCUGCGAAAUCUCUUGGACAAGUUAAACGCCAAUCAGCAGAACAUCCUCAAGUUUAUAGCUUGCAAUGAAAUCUUCUUGAUGCCAGCGACCGUGUUCAUGCUUUUCAGUGGGCAGGGAAGUUUGCUGCAGCCUUUCAUCUACUACAGGUUCCUCACGCUCCGGUACUCCUCCCGCAGAAAUCCUUAUUGUCGGACUCUCUUCACCGAGUUGCGGAUCGUUGUGGAACACAUCAUUAUGAAGCCGUCGUGUCCCGUCUUCGUGCGCAGGCUUUGUCUCAGCAGCAUUUCCUUUAUUAGCAGACUGGCGCCCACAGUCGCGUAGCUGGCUUCCGGGAAGCAGAUGGGUGUGUCUCUAACGAACAUUCGGAGCAGCUGGUAUUUCUGCUGGGGGUUUAUGAAAAUUUGGCAUCUCAGUCCAGGCUGUAUGAAAAUCUGUUGCUUCCCUCCCGAGAGCCUGUCCUGUGAAUUGUAUCCUGUGUUUAAACAAACGGGGGGGAUAAAAUUUAAUCUCCCCCCCCCCCAAGUGCUCCCACAGAGCAGAAAUGUUUAUUAGCAUCAAAAGGAAAUAUGUUUAAAAGUAAUAAAUUUCCUCUGACAAAAUCACUACGGUGAAUCUCAAGAGAACUUUGGCAUCUCUUUAAGCCCUGCCGUGAUUGCCCUGCCGUAGAUUUUGCCGUUUGGGAAUGCUGGUGAAUGCCAUACUGCAGGUCUCAUAUGCUUCUGGGAAUGGGGCUUGCUCUUAUAGAAGGUUUCUUCCAGUUUGGGACCUUUAAGUAACCCCAAAGAAUGCAUCCGUUUCCGUAGGGUUAUAAUACUGGUGGGUGAUGGGCCUGGGUGAGUGGAGAGAUCCAGUAACCCAAGGAGAGAUGGGCUUGUGGGCCUGGCGCUCGUAGUCUGUGGAGUCAUCACUAUUUAGAUCAUUACCGCAAUUAUUCAUGCCAAACGCUGGAUGUCUGGGCCCCUGUGGUGUCAUUGGGAUGAGUUGCAGGAAGGUGGGUUCUUUAGCUCUGUUGUUCCAUUCAGUUCUUUAUUGCCAACUGUUGGAUCAGAAAUGGAUUUCUGCUUCUCCUCCUUCUCCUGCAGUUUCCUCUCCUCCUCUGCCUGUUUCUGAAGCCACUUCUUCUCUUUAGCAGCCGUGAGUUAUCUUUGCAGGCGAGCAGCCUUCUCUUUCCAUUCACGCUCCCUAGCUUUCUCUUGUUCUCCCUCCUUUUUCCUCUGUAUCAGCCCCCGUUGUCUGCGUUUUAAUUCCAGCCGCAGAGCUCUCCGUUUAUGGGCUUUGAGCUCUUUGCCGCCGUUUUCACUUUUUCAUCUGCCGUUUUGUCUUUUUGUAACUCUUCAUUAUGCUGAGCAAGUUUUUGCUCAGGACGUUUUUUCUUCUCCCGUUCCCUCGGCUCCAUCCACUCACAAGGUUGCAGCACCCCGCGAAAGCACUCCUCACGCUUCCUUUUCCAAUUUUCCCGUCGCUGGAGCCCCCACAAGUUCAGGAACCCACAGACCCUCCAGAAAGCGAUUCAGAGAGCCCAGGUGUCCCGAAAAGCCAAGAAGACAGGGGGGCGGGCACGAGUGCAGGAGAACCGGGGAAGCUGGCACGUACCCGAGCACCGAGGGACCGACGGUGUCCUUCAGGCAAGCAUGAAGGCGAACGGGGAGUUUCGGGAUCUCCCAGAAGUGACCCCACCCCCGAAGACGCCCAGGCCACCCCACUUGGGAGGUGGGACCAGAGAGAUUGACAGGGAACUUUCCCAAUCAGCGGAUGACAGGGGAAAGGGGUGGAGUUCCCCGGGUGGAGGGAGAUAAAUGCGGGGAAGCCGAAAUGAGCCGGAGAGGAAAAGCGGAGGUGACGAGCAUUGGGAUAGAGAGAGAGCGAGAUCCGAGUACGCUGUCACUCCGAGAAGUGUUGUUGAGAGUGAUGUAACUCUCUCCAUUUCAAUUCUGAGGCUUUGGCUUCCCCUGUGGGACUUCAGACGACAUGGCGGAGGCACCCUUCCCCUCAGGAGAGGACCCCCGGCGUGACACCGUCUUUUCCUCCGCUUUCUGUUUUCCUCUUCUGCUCAGCCUCCUUCUUCUUUAAAUUCUCGAAGGGCUGCCUCUCCUUUUCCACAGGAUUGGUUCGGACAGGAGUGUUGUAUUUGAAGGAUAAUUUUAUGGCGCUUUCGUAUGUCCUCCUCUAAAGAUGUGAUUACAGAGAAGACAGGACCCCGGGUAUGCAGAAACACUCAAUGAGGUCUUCCACGUAGGUUUGUUCCUUCUUCUUUUGGAUGGUUUUAUAUCAAUUAAGGGGGAAAUAUAUUAACUUCCAGUGACAACAAAGUGAAUGUUCAGGAUGAAACGUUUGAAUGUAUUUUGAAAUUAUAUGGAACUGUAAGCAAGACAUUGCGGUUGAAUAUAAGGAUACAAUUUACUGAGGGAAAAGGAAGAGAGGCCUCAUCCAGGCGUUAACUUUGGGUAAUGAGUUGCCUUGGUUGUGCCCUCUUGGCCGUGAGCCGUUUCCAGCAGGAUUGGAUCAACACUUCUACUCUCUUGGUCGAGCAGCCUGUCUUCCCUCCAGUUGGCGUUUCUUGAUCCUAACCUGAACCAGCUCCAUGUUGCGUCCCCUCUGUUUUGGUUUUGCUGCUUACUGUGAUCUUCUUUCUCCAAAUAAACUUGUAUCU